AUGGCUGGAGGCAAUGCCGAGAAAGGGCAGGGCUAUAUCGCGGCCUUGGACCAGGCGCGGAGUCAGGGCAAAUGGGAUGAACUCCCCGAAUUGAUUAGAAAAGUUACAAAACAUGCACCGCAAAAGACUUGCCUGAUACAGACCGCAACUGCGGAAUCGCGUGUGAUUGCAUAUCUUCAACAAAAGUCCUCCGGCGACUCAUCUUCUUCCUCCCCAAAUCUCGUCGAGCUAAUUCCGGCCCUCUUGACGACAAUUGAGAAUAAUGACGGAUCACCACAAGAAUUAUUGCAAGCGCAGGUCUGUCUAGGGUGGAUACACUGGGCUUUGAAUGAACCUGGACUUUCGGCAGCGCGUCUCCCUAAGGAUUUCGCGGCGACUAUUGACAGCUUGGCCAGUGGAGGAGAGCAACCUACUUCAUGGACCGAGGUCUGCUUAGUGAAGGGAUGCUACAUCAAGGCAACCGCACAAUUUACCGCUGCAGACAUCGGUGACGCAUUGGAGACAUUUUCAUCUCUAAUUCCGUGGCUAAGCGGGGGCAAAUUAGCCUCAAUCACCACCCCGCAAUUCCUAAAAUGGUCCGAGUCACUUCUGGGCAAUGGUGCCCUUUUGGCCAGUGAUCAAGUGACCAAACGUCCACAAUAUUCAGAUCCCAGGCAUGCAGAUAUUGCCUUGCGAUUACUCAGGUUGUGGGCGUCUCAUCCUGCCGUGAAACAAGGGGUCUCUACUAACAACGCAUCGAAUGUGGAUGGUUUCAACCCAGCUCCCCGGGCAUCGGUAUGGACCGCUUACUACAAACUUCUCACAGCGGUCCUUCAGAAUGGGGUCACAUACACCGGCCCCAAUGACGGGCCGGACCGCCCACAACUUAGCAGUGAAUUGCGCCGCGUAGAAACUAUCUAUGAACGCAAUCUUCUCUCUGAAGUCAUGUUUCCUACAGCCAGCUCGCAGAACUCCCAAGUCGAAGAGUGGGUGGAGCAGGUGAUUAAUAACUGGCAAGUCUUGUGUGGUCCUGAGUGGCAGGAUUCAGACCUCGGCGAAGGGGGUCAGAAUGCAGUUGGUCGUAAUGUUCUAGAGAUCCUAUACCGGGCAGCGACAAAGACCUAUCACUCUCAUUUGGUACUUCGACGUCUCUUCCAUGUUCAUUCUGCGUUAGCAGACUUUGACCUUGCUGUGAAGGCGCUUGAUUCCUAUAUCGAGAUUGUCACUGCAGCCAAAGAAAGGGCAGAGAAGUCUGCUGCGUAUGGUGAGCUGGAAAAGGAUGAAAUAUUGCUGCAGACGCUUUCUGAGGGGGUCACGUUAUUGAGCUGUCUUGGCUCGCUGGAAGAGGCAGAGAAAGCCCGAGACCUGACUGAAAUGAUAAGGGAGUAUAUCGACAAGAACGAUACACCCCCCACAAACGGUCAGGUCAAUGGCAAUUCUACGAACUUGCCAAAAAUCCCUCCCUCUGUAUUGGCCUCCUCCUACCGAGCCAUCGGUGUUGGACUUGCCUGCUGGGCAAGCUGGACUCCUGUGACCGAAUCACGGGAUGAAAUUAGAGCGGAUGCGAUUGAAUACCUUGAAAAAAGUCUUGACCCAGAAUUGGGAAGUAGCUCAAGCUAUUCUUCAAUUUACACCCUAGGUCUUGUGUUGGCCGAGAACAGAGAUUUGGACACUGCAAUUGACUAUGUCAAGUCAGCACUGACGCCAAGCAUUUCGUCCACUGCGGUAUCUGAUGAUCUUUCCAAAGAACGUGACUUGGUAUCUCUAUGGCAUUUGCUUGCACUACUGCUGAGUGCGAAGCAGGAGUUCGAGAUUGCUGGGCGCUCAUGUGAGGCCGCAUUCGAGCAGUUCCCUCGAGAAUUAUUCUCAAAGGGUCAUCGCGAACGGAAUCCGUCGAGGAACGCGCAAACCCCCAAUCAGCGCUCAAUCGUGAGCAGGUUGCAAGGCAGAGAAAAAGAACGCAUCGUUCAAACCCGCAUCACACAGCUUGCGUUCAUCGAGCUCCUAGAAGGGCCCGAGGCUGCUGUCAACCAUAGCACACAAUUAUUGAGUCUUUUCGGCACUCUUUUCCAGGACCUGAACCUCGAGGCUGGGGGCACUAAAGCCGAGGCAGACCAUCUAGUACCGCCAAAGAGCUCUGCCGGAACUACCAAGAGCUUCCGAGGAAGCAUUUUUGGCCGAAACAGAACAGUCCAAUUACCAGAUCGCCGUGCUGAUCAGAGCAAUGGCUCUGAUACUGCUAUUCCACCCACCCCAGCUAUCCCAAAUGGUCAUAUGACCGAUCAUCCGUCGAUCCAGGUCACGGAUGAAGACCCCAACAGCCGCCAGGGAAGAGCGCCAACGAUUGGGAGAGCAGACUCUAAGAAAUUGAAAAAGCGAAGUUCAAGCUUCCAUAGAAACGAGAGGCCGCGCGUUGAAGAGCCCCCGCUUCCUAAUAAUGGGGGUGAAACACCCGCAGAAAUGGUGGGCGUUGCAUUUUCUGGCAACACAUCACCAGAGUCGGCAAUCCAUCCUACCAAAGGCAGACAGCCACUGCCGAAGAUGGCACACAACAUGAACUAUAAACAAGAAAUUUCCCCCGCCGGCCAUGAGGAACAACCCCCUAAACAGGAUAUCCGGCUCCCAGUCGGCCACCGCUUCGACUCUCCCACAAGCGCCGUCACGAAGUUUUCUCUAAUCCAAUCCCAGAAGCACGCCUUAAGUCUUCUUGUCAAAAUCUGGCUUGUUAUCGCUGGUCUUUAUCGCCGAGCGUCACUUUUCGACGAUGCCCGUGAAGCAUGCGAAGAAGCUUCCAAACAAGCCGCGCGAGUGGAAGCACUUGUGGCAUCACAUGAAUCCUCAGCUCGAUCUUUCAGCAAGCGUGGCUGGGGUGCUUCAAAGAGCUCUGAGGAGCUCUGGGCGGAUGUCUACGCGGAACAGGGUCUCUUGUCCCAGGCUCGAUCUAACCCCCAUCAAGCUAUGAGGCAUUUUGAGGAAGCGCUGCUGCGCUAUCAGGACCACCCAGCAGCAACCAUUGGGCUUGCUAAUCUUCUCUUGGACAUUUGGGAUCAAAAAUUGGAUCCUGAGCCAUCAAAUGCCGACGUGGAUCUUAACGCCUCACGUCUAUCGUUGCUCUCGGAGACACCAAAACCCAACUCUGCGAAGGCUAUCUCGACUGACGAUCUGAAAAAAUCAAGCGAGCCGAAAAAGGCGGUUCCCGAAGAGGCACCUCUAUCUGCACAAGAUGUUGAGCCUAAGCUUCUGCACCGUCUCGCGGCCCGCGAUCGCGCCUAUGGGCUUCUUUCGGCGUUGACGAAGCUCGGAAGCUCAUGGGACAACUCCGAGGCAUGGUAUGCGUUGUCGAGAGCAUAUGAGGCCGGCGAGCAGAUCGAAAAGCUGAAAGAAGUGCUUUGGUGGUGCAUUGAACUGGAGGAUCGAAGGCCAAUUCGGCACUGGUCUAAUAUUGGGUCCGGCGUCUAUGUUCUUUAA